AUGCACCAACACCUAAAAGAGCCCGCUCACCCUGGACCCUGGUGGAGACCACAGCCUGAAGGUCCCGGCCCUGCCAUGCGCCAACACCUCAGGGAGCCUGUCCGCCGGCAGCCCCUCGGUCUGCCACUCCAGGCAGGACCCCCCGCCACAUCUAUGUCCCUGAUGAUCCUGCCCACAGGCUGCCUGGUGAGUGUCCCAGGGGAGGGCACCGACCUGCUGCUGGAGCCCCCACCCACCUCCGCCCUGCAAGUGUUGCUCCCAGACCACGAGCUCUUCGUCAUCCCAGAGGGCCUUGUGCACACCAUCAACAUGCGCCCUGGAGACCCAGGCUUGUUGGGGGGCGACCCACGGAUCCCCAGGAUGGAUGCUGCAGCCAAUUGUGGGGACGUCCUCUUCCCUGGGCCCUGCCCUCCUGCGCUCUGCCCUACUCCAGAGAGGCACACUGCUGGGCCCACGGAUGAAAUGGUCCACAUGCUGAGACCCUUCCCUGGCUCACCACUGAAUCCUCUGCCUCCAUCCCCGCCUGAGAGUCCCCAGCGGAAUCCUCCGAAAGCGCCCAAGCCUCGGCGUCCCCCCUCCAAGGUCUGCAGGCGCCUUUUCUGA